AACCAUACGAUUCAGGUCCUAGACCCAGCAAAUUGAAAAUCACUCCAGACACGUGUACGCGUGCAGAGUGGGCGAGAAGGGGUCACGGCAUGACUGGCCGUCCAGGGUGACUCCUCGCUUCUCUCUCUCUGUAUCUUUAGGGAGCACAUUCACCCUCUAGGCCGUGUAAGGGGGGGGGGUGGCAGGUGGUUAAGGUACUGAACUUCCAUGUGGCUGACUGUGGUUCGAGUCCUGGACCUGACAGCUUCGAAUCAUGCCGGGCACGUGUGCAUCCAUGCCCAAGGUCGGAGAAGAGUAGAGUCAAUUGCCGCGUGGCCGGUCCCCCGGGAUGCUUUCUCACGUUCGCUGUCUCUAGUGAGUGCACGCACCCCGUCACAGUCUGUACAAGAGGAAAAGCCAGAUCCCUCAUGUGGAAGAUGGUGGCUCACUCUGGAAGGGUUCGGCAGCUCCUUUAACCAGAAACAACCGGCCGCCUGGCCCCGCGCCCUGGUGUACGUCCCAGAGAAACGGCUGCGGGGCGGGCCAGGCUGCGGGUACCGGGAGCAGUGUUACUGCCUCGGCUGGCCCGCUGCCGCGCCGGCACUGGCCAGGCCGACAGCUGUGCACUCACGUCGGACCACGGCUGCAUCAGGCCCGGGCUGGGCGUCGCCCAGGGGACCACAGCGAGGAGAGCACAAUGCGGGUCCUACCUGCAGAACUUCGGGAAUGCCAGGCUUCUAGCCACGGGGACAGAGCUGUGGUUGCCAGCGCUAGCCCAGGGCGAGGGCGAACGUGACGGUGGCAGGGUGGCCUGAGGGGGCCUCGUGGAGGAGGUUCCACCGAGGUCCUUCAUGGUGGUUACACGAAGCUACAUAGCCAUGGCUGAGCAGUGAGCCACGGCCUGACCCCUCCGUGAUGGACUCGAAAGCCCACAAGGCGUGUGAGCAGCACAAGUGCAGGGUCAGGGCCCAGGAGACGUUCGCCAAGAAGUGCCCCUACAGGUUCUCUUGGCUGACAGAGCCCACCCUGGAGUCCCCGCAGCCCUGGGCGGCCAUGACCAACUCGGCCAAAGAGCAGCUGCCCCUGCAGAAGAGGCUGGUGCCCACAAGGUCCAUCCCGGUCCGAGGGCUCGGAGCUCCAGACUUCACAGCGCCCCUGGGCUACUUGGCCCCUCCGCCCCCACAGUGCCACCUCUGGGAGCUCAAGCUGCUCAUCCACCGCUUCCCCCGACUAGGCGCCCGAGAGCUCUCCCUGCCGCGCACCUGCAUUGAGGCCGACCCUGACCCCUGGGCCUGCGCGGUGGCAGGGCCGGCCAGGGACCCCUCUUAGACCUCCAGCUGCUCCACCCACCUCCCAGCCUCCUGCUCCUCGGCAUGUGCAGGCCGCAGCCGCAGAGACGGGUGAGGGGAACAGCCCCUGUGGCUACGGAACCUCCCGGAACCUCGUGCUAAUAAACGUGGCAGGCUCGGACCCCACUCGCGUGGGCCGGUCACCGUGCCUCUGCA